AGCACUCAACUUGCGCUCACUGUCCUCAGUCAGAUCACUUCAUCUCACUCUCAAGAGCACACAGAACAGCCGCAAGUGAAAGUAACCUUCUCAUUUAACUCACCUGGACGGAUAUACAUGAUGGAUUUGAUCUAAAUCAUUUUGUAGGGUAACAGGAGCUGAGAGCAACAGCAGACAGGAUGAGCUGGGGAGCACUUUAUGCCCAGCUGGGAGGGGUAAAUAAACACUCCACUAGCCUGGGAAAGGUCUGGCUGUCUGUCCUCUUCAUCUUCCGCAUUAGCAUCCUUGUAAUAGCUGCCGAAACAGUCUGGGGCGAUGAGCAGUCCGACUUCACCUGUAACACACAACAGCCCGGCUGCAAAAAUGUCUGCUACGACCACUUCUUUCCAGUCUCACACAUCCGUUUAUGGUGCCUGCAGCUCAUCUUUGUGUCUACACCGGCUUUGCUGGUGGCUAUGCAUGUGGCAUAUCACAAACGCAAUGUAAAAAAAGGACUUUUGGCCAACCGAGGUGGCGGUGUCAAAGGGGAUGACCUGGAGAACUUGAAGAAGAGGCGUCUGCCCAUCACUGGGUCGCUGUGGUGGACCUACACCUCCAGCCUGUUCUUCCGGCUCCUUUUCGAGGCUGGAUUCAUGUAUGCUCUGUAUUACGUCUAUGAUGGGUUUCAGAUGGCUCGUCUUGUGAAGUGUGAGCAGUGGCCCUGUCCCAAUAAAGUUGACUGCUUUAUCUCACGACCGACAGAGAAGACAAUCUUCACCAUUUUCAUGGUGGGUUCUUCUGCCAUUUGCAUUGUGCUCAAUGUGGCUGAACUGGCCUACCUGAUUGUCAAAGCACUGCUGAGGUGCUCAGCCAGAGCCAAACGAAGGCCUGCUUUUGUUCACCAAGAUAAUAUGUCCACAGAAAAGGCGCAGUUACAGAAUGAAAAGAACGCAAAGUUGCUGUCAUCUGCUUCGGACUCUUCAAGCAAUAAGACUGUUUAAGAUUAUCCCAACACCCAGUGACUAAUUCAACCAACAGGCUUGUAGAUAUAACAGUGUUUUCAGUGAUUCUCAACCAGUGGGCCUCGGAGCGCCAUCUGUAGACUCCCCCCAAAUGAAUUUUUAGUUAUUUUUUAAUUGUUCUUAUGGAUUUAAAUGAUCAAAAACACUAAAGUCAAGUCAAGAUGCAUUAUCUCAAAGCUAAUUUAUGUUUAAAAUCGCAAGACCAAUCACGUCACAACGGCAGACUGAACGUUUGUUCGAUCAGAUAUGGAUCAUUUUCUGAAAAGAAAAGCAGAUUUGGGAGACAGACCUUUGCAAGCAAAAUCUUCGAAGUGUGUGGUGAGAAAAUACAAUGCUGAAUACAUUAAAUCUGGUUUUAUAAGGGCAGGUACUGAGACACUAACCGAAGGCGCUAAAACCAUCAGAGCUGCAGAAACAUUUGAACAUAGUUGCUUUUACACAUUUUUAAUGAUUUUUUAUUAUGACAAAUAGUUUAUAACUUCACUGUAACACACUGUUCUUUCUCCAAAUUCAGUUCACACAUCACUGCUGGUUAUUCCACAACAUUUAUUUUAAAAGUAAUUGCUUUUGCACAUUUUUAUGAUUUUUUAUUAUGAAAAAUAAUUAAUAACGUCACUGUUAAAUUCAGUUCACACAUCACUGCUUUCCUGCUGGUUUUACUAAAAAUCAUAAAAAAUACAUCAAAGCUAUUACUUUCAAAAUAAGUGUCGUAGUACAACAAGCAGGAGAGCACUAUGAACUGAAAACGAAAAAGGUCUUGAUUGGAAAUAGGCUACCGCUCAGGUAUUUGAACAGACAAUGCGGCUGCUAUGACGGGAAAACACUGCGGUGUUGUUAAACAAAUCCAAGAGCGAGUGCCAGAAGCAAAGUGGAUGCACUGUUUCUUGCACAGGAAAAGUCUAGCGACAAAGCAGACGUCACCAGUACUGCCUGAGCUCAUGAACAUUGCUGUGGAAACUGUUAACUACAUUAAGAAUAAUGCACUCAACUCAAGGUGUUUUACAGCUCCGUGUGAAUGACUUGAUGCAACUCAUUUGCAGCUCUAGUACCACAGUGAAAUAAGGUGGCUUUCAAGAAGAUGUGUGUUUAAUCGUCUUUUUGAACUGAGAAAAGAAGUGCACACAUUUCUGGAAGAGCAACGUUCCCCUCUUGCUGAGCAUUACACUGAUGAUCAAUUUUGUGCAAAACUGGCCUACUUAUCUGAUAUAUUUGAUCAGUUAAAUCAGCUGAAUGUAUCAAUGCAAGGCAGAAACAUCACAGUGUUUUUGGUUUCAGACCAAAUUGAGGGAAAAAACUCAUUCUUUGGAAUAGAAGAGUCAAGGAGGCACAGUUUGACAUGUUUCCACAUCUGAGUGAAACUUUGGAAGCCUCUUCUCGUGUGAACAUAUCAAGUGUUAUAAACCAGCACUUGUCUCAGUUGUCUCAAAAUUUCUAUUGUCUUCCACCACCACAUAUUUAUGAGUCAGGGUUCUCCACUGUCACUAUCACAAAAUCAAAAGCAAGGAGCAAACUGAAAGCUACUUUGGAUGCUACUCUUUGUGUCAGUCUCUCACUCAUUUCACCAAGACAUCAUCUUAUUAUCUCCAAGAAGCAAACCCAAGUGUCUCCCUGAGGAUAUGCAGAAUAUGCAUUUUGUAGCAAGGUUUGUCUCAGAAUAUAUGGUUUUUCUCAUGUGAACGACUCCAAAACCUGUUCUUGUAAAUGUGUUAAUGUGUUGGGAUUUAUUAAUGGUCCUAGAGUGCUUGUUGAUGAAAACUUGUGUUAUUGACAUGUGACACACCUGUUAGACUUCAUCAUUUUUGGAUGUGUGGGAAGGAGUAUAAGUGUCCAGUUUUUCUGCAGUUAAAUUGUAAAAAUAAUAAUAAUAAUAAUAAUAAUAAUAAUAAUAAUAAUAAU